AUGACGUUCUUGUGCUCCUCCCUCGCCUACGUUGGGGCCUUGGCCGUCGCGGUGGCCCUCUAUCGUCUCGUGAAAUUUUUGUACGUCAACCUGCUGGCCGCCACGGACCUGAGGCGCAGGUACGCGAGGGCCGGCGACUGGGCCGUCGUCACCGGCGCGACGGAGGGCAUCGGCUACGCCAUGGCGAUGGACCUCGCGCGCCGCGGGUUCAACGUCUGCGUCAUCGCCCGCACCCGGUCGAGGCUCGAGGAGGUGGUGGCGGCGGCCGAGCAGAAGGGGGUGAGGGCGAAGGCCGUCGUCUUUGACUUCGCCGCCGCGGACGCGAGCGAGUACAAGCGGCUCUUCGCCGAGCUCGACGCGCUGGAGGUGGCCAUCCUCGUGAACAACGUCGGCGUCAACUACCCGUACGCCAACUUCUUCGACGAGGCGGCGGCGGAGGACGACUUGCGGAUGCUGAAGGUGAACUGCGAGGCCACGCUGCGCAUGACGCGCUACAUCGUCCCCCGCCUCAAGGCGAAGCGCUCGGGCGGCGUCGUCAUGCUCGCCUCGAUCAGCGCCGUCAUCCCGACGCCGAUGCUGGCGGCCUACGCCGGGAGCAAGGCGUUCAGCAUCUCCUUCGCCCAGGGCCUCGCGUACGAGCUCAGGCCCUUCGGCGUCGACGUGCUGGUGGUGACGCCCAGCUUAGUCGUGAGCAAAAUGACGCAGGGCGUCAGCACGCGCAAGCCGCGGGAGUCGUUCAUGAUGGUCAACGCCGCGGCAAUGGCCCGGCAGACGCUCAACAAACUUGGCGUCGUCACCCGCACCUGCGGCCACCUCAACCACGCGCUGGUGGAGCUCGUCGCAACAGCCCUGCCGGAGGCGUGGCUGGCGAACCAAGUGCUGGCGCAGAACAAGGCCCUAAAGAAGCGUGCAGAACGCCAGCGACCGCAGUGA